AUGUCCUAUGAACGAGAACCAUUAUUAAGUGCUGAUCCAACAACCCACGACCUUUAUAACACAGUCGAAAGAGAUAUAAUAAGAGGACGCCAGUAUGGAUGGUGUGAACGCUUUCGACGAUCCAAAACGGCAGUUGUGUUGAUUGCAGCUAUGGCUUUAUUUACCGAUAUGGUUGUCUAUGGAAUAGUCGUACCGAUAUUGCCUUUGAUUGUCAAAGAAAGACUUGAGCUUGAUUCACAGGCAGUCGGAUUCCUGUUUGGUUGUUAUGCACUUGGUCUAUUGGGGGCUACACCUUUCUUUGCCAUACUCAGUGACCGUUAUCAGACUCGCAAGUUGCCAAUGUUACUGGGUAUGGGUAGCCUUGCCAUUUGCACGCUCUUUUUUGGAAUUGCCAAGACAUACUGGCAACUUGUUAUCGCACGUAUUGCUCAGGGUGCGGCUGGUGGAGCAUCGUGGACAAUAAGUCUUGCAAUGCUUGCGGAUAGAUUCGGUCAAGGGGAAAAACUGGGAGUUGUCAUGGGGACGGUAUUAUCGGCCAACACCAUAGGUGCUAUUACUGGACCGAUCAUAGGGGGUGCAUUAUACCAAUACUGGGGAUAUGCAUCUCCUUUCGUGUUCUGUGCGAUUUUAGCCUUUUUUGAUUUUCUAUCCAUAUUAAUGAUUGUCGAACCACAUGAGCUGCAAGAGGAUAACUUACUCGAUGACACUCGAAUGAAUACCGAAGAGAACGGGACCCCGGUUGGAAAUCUUGCAAUAAAUAAUGAUCUAUCACUUUGGAGCUUGGUUAGAAAUUGGGACGUUAGCACUGUUUGCGUAGCUGUUCUGAUGAUUGCAAGUGUCUUUUCAGGCAUUGAACCCAUUCUUCCGAUAUACCUCAAAGAGAGAUUUAACAGCGACCCAACAACCAUCGGCUUUAUCUACAUUUCGGUCAUUAUUCCCACAAUAAUUUCUCCUAUCGUUGGAUCGUUGUCACAGAAAGUAGGCCAGUGGCUAUUGAUCAAUGCGGGAAUGAUCUUACUCGCAAUAGCUGCUGCUCUAAUAGCGUUACCGUUUGCUCUGGAAUUGAUCAUAGUUUCAUUAGUGUUAUUUGGUGCUGCAUAUUCGGUAGCCAGUACACCGACGCUCCCGCUGUUGGGCGAAUUCGUGGCCAAAAACGGAGGGGGCGCUUACGGGCAAGUGUACGCUCUCUGGAAUAUGGCUUACUCGGUAGGAAUGUUGGCUGGUCCCGUAAUUGGUGGAGUAUUAUUACAGUAUUUUGGAUUUUUUUGGGCUAUGAUGGGAUUUGCCAUAACACUCUUUGUUACUGCUUUAUUCAUAAUGGGAGAGAGUUAUGUUUUCCUUUUGUUUGCAAAUGCAGAUAGCGGCAUUCUUUCUGAUAGUCCGAGUGCUGUAGCACUGGUUCAAGACGAUAUCUUGAUAUCGAAUAUAGAUUAA